UGCCGGCAACGCCAGCAACGCCGGCGGCGCUAACGCGGCGCUGCGGGUGGCGCCGCCGACGCCCGCGUCACUGGCGUCACGUCAACGGUCACGUGACCCUCCUUGCCGCGUCCCAAGAGGAGGGCGGCGCAGGCGGCAGCGCAGGCGGCGCAAGUAGCGCAGCGCGCGGGGACUCCCUCCGUCUUUCUGGUGGCCGCCGACCGACUCGGAUCCUCAGUCCUCCGCCGCCGUGCCUUAGGAGCAGCGCGUGUGUUCCGACCGCCAAAACUGCAGCCCUCAUGCAAGCCAAGCUCCAGCGAGCGGCCCUGGCCGCCGUGCUCUUGACCGUCGUCUACCUGCCGACGGCGCUGGGUGCGAUCGAGUGCUACGUGUGCAAUUCCAAGGACACUCCGGAAUGCGUGGACAAGCCCGACGCCAGCCACCUGAAGAACUGCAGCGAGAUGGAGAAGGGCUCCAUGUACACGGCCUGCCGCAAAAUGGAUAUCAACGUCGACUUCCCCGUCAAUGGACUGCCCGAGCAGAAGCGGGUGGUGCGCCAGUGCGCCGUCGUGGGCGAGCCCGACCGGCCCUGCUACUACAAGGCGGGCUUCGGCGGCCGCGUGAACGUGUGCCACUGCUUCGACAACAAGUGCAACGGCGCGGGCCUGCCGGGGCUCGCGGGCGCCGCUGUCCUGGCGCUGCCUCUGCUCAUCUUCCUGCAGCGCGGGCACCUCUAGGCCCGCAAACCCCGCCGCCAACACACACCCCGCAGCUGCUUCCAACGCCGGCCUGCCGCCACAGCCCAGUGCGCGUCGAGCCACGGGGAAUCCGGGGGACGUGCUUCCCCAGCCUGGCGCCACUCUGUCCCUAGAGUGACCGGUGUCUCGUACUGAGUGGGUUCGGGCUACCCGUUUGGGGAAGAGGACCUCCCAAGUUACCCCUGCGCAGAUGAGCGAGUCGGCGCCUGUAACAACGUUCUUCUAUAAUACGACUGUAGAUGGCAAGAGCAUAGUCGCGUGUACAGCGGCACCGUUUGUAGAUAAUUUGACAUAUCUAAAGCGCGCGCGCGAGCCUCCCGCGCGCCCCACCCGAGAGACUAGGGAGAGGGAGAGACGGCUCCAGUAUUAGACCGUACAUACACAUAUACAGUUCCGUUGCUCAGUGAAGUUGAUCUCGUUGCCCUACGUACCAGACUUCGGAGAAGAAAAAAAAAUGUUAUAUAAAAGAAGCGUUUUUUUCUUUGUGUUA